AUAUGCAAUCACACGCACUCACUCCAAUAUAAGUUAUGGUAGCGACGCAAAACCCAAAGCGGUGGAGAACAUAAAAGAGGGGAGUCGGGAUGGAAGUCGGCGGCUGUGCGGCGGCAACAGAGAGGCCGAAGGCAAGCGAGGAGGGCAACGGCAACGCUGAGCCGGCAGUGCCCCACGAGAAGAAGAUGAACGGCAUCUCCGCGGUCAUCCCCGGGUGGUUCUCUGAGCUCAGCCCAAUGUGGCCAGGAGAAGCUCACUCCUUAAAGGUGGAAAAGAUAUUGUUUCAGGGGAAGUCGGACUACCAAAAUGUUCUGGUCUUCCAGUCAUCCACAUAUGGCAAAGUUCUCGUUUUGGAUGGAGUCAUUCAAGUAGCAGAGAGAGACGAGUGUGCUUACCAGGAAAUGAUUACGCAUCUUCCACUCUGUUCAAUCUCAAAUCCUAAAAAGGUUCUUGUCAUUGGAGGCGGAGAUGGUGGUGUUCUGCGAGAAGUGUCACGUUACACAUCUGUGGAGCAAAUAGACAUAUGUGAAAUUGACAAAAUGGUCGUGGAUGUUUCUAAGCAAUUUUUCCCUCAUCUGGCUGUCGGGUAUGAGGAUCCUCGUGUUACUCUACAUAUUGGUGAUGGAGUUGCAUUCCUCAAAGAUGCGCCUGAAGGUACUUACGAUGCAGUCAUCGUGGAUUCUUCUGAUCCGAUAGGUCCAGCUCAAGAACUUUUUGAGAAACCUUUCUUUCAAUCAGUGGCAAAAGCUCUCCGUCCAGGAGGGGUUGUGUGCACCCAGGCAGAGAGCAUAUGGCUCCAUAUGCACAUUAUAGAAGGCAUUGUCUCUGCCUGUUGUCAGAUCUUUAAAGGCUCUGUGAAUUAUGCUUGGACAACAGUACCUACAUACCCAAGUGGAGCUAUAGGUUUCAUGCUUUGCUCCACGGAGGGACCAGCUGUUGACUUCCAGCAUCCUGUCUAUCAGAUUGAUGAGGAUGAAGCUUCCAACAAAUCUAAAGGACCCUUGAAGUUCUACAAUUCACAGAUUCAUUCUGCUGCAUUCUGUCUGCCAUCUUUUGCAAAGAGGGUCAUUGAUUCUAAAACCAGUUGAGGUUUAUCUCUGUCCUUCCGAGUUGAGACGAGAACAAUCCUCGAUGAAAUGAUGCAGGCUGGCAAAUGAUACCACGGCUGCGUAGCUCAUCAAUGCCGUCUAUUCAUUUGGUCAUGCAUAAUUAAGAGGAAUAUAGCACCAAGAAUUUUGUUUAUCCCCAGUUAGUCGAUAUAUAAUCAUCUAGUUAACAUGUCAUUAUGAGCUCACCAAAGUCAAAUGGUGUUUCAUUCAUCUUUGGAUGAAGUUGCAGCUUUCUUUUUCACCACCUAAUUAUAUAAAUGGCAGUUUAUUAGAAU